GCCACCCCUAAUUCACGUCUCUCCGAUUCUCUCUUUCUUUCUUUCUGUAAUAUCAACGAAUACAUAGUCGCCUGUUUUCCCAUUCUCAAUGCCAUUUCGUUUCUAUUGCAUUUCUUCACAAAAAAAAAAAACUAUUUCACGUCUAACUGAUUGAUGCAUCAGAAAGGUAGAAACAAUAACCGUAGAUCCAGGAGCUUCUCUAGAUCUCGUCUUGCCAUUGAGGGUUUUUAGCAAUUUAUUUCUCUACCAUAUACUAAUUCCCAAUCCACAUUGUCUUCUUCAACCAUUCCAAAUCAUCACAUCAGAUUCCUCUAUCAUCAACCAACCAUGGCUGCUGCUUCGGGACAAGAGCGUGAGGUUCAAAAGAGUUAUUGGAUUGAACACACUGCGGAACUCACUGUCGAGGCCAUGAUGCUCGACUCUAAAGCAGCGGAUCUCGACAAAGAAGAGAGACCUGAGGUGCUCUCCCUGCUUCCGCCGUAUGAAGGGAAAACUGUGUUGGAACUGGGUGCUGGUAUUGGCCGAUUCACUGGUGAAUUAGCCAAUAAAGCUGGACAGCUUAUAGCAUUGGACUUUAUUGAAGGCGCAAUUAAGAAGAAUGAAAACAUAAAUGGGUACCAUAAGAAUGUCAAGUUCAUGUGUGCUGAUGUGACUUCUCCGAAUUUGAAUUUUUCACCGGAAUCGGUGGACUUGAUAUUUUCUAACUGGCUACUGAUGUAUCUUUCUGAUGAAGAGGUUAAGGCUCUUGUUGAGAGAAUGGUUAAAUGGUUGAAAGUCGGUGGUCACAUAUUUUUCAGAGAGUCAUGCUUCCAUCAAUCAGGAGACCACAAGCGAAAGAACAACCCAACCCACUAUCGAGACCCUAGCUUUUAUACAAAGGUUUUCAGAGAAUGUCACGUAGCUGGUGAUGGAAAAUCAUUUGAACUUUCUCUUGCUGGUUGCAAGUGCAUCGGAGCUUAUGUGAAGAACAAAAAGAAUCAAAAUCAGAUUUGCUGGACAUGGCAGAAGGUUGCUUCUAAGGAUGACAUGGAAUUUCAGCGUUUCUUGGAUACUGUUCAGUACAAGUGUAGUGGCAUACUACGAUAUGAACGAGUCUUUGGACAAGGUUUUGUUAGCACAGGAGGACUUGAAACUACAAAAGAAUUUGUAGCCAUGUUGGAUCUUCAGCCUGGCCAAAAAGUCCUUGAUGUUGGCUGUGGCAUUGGAGGAGGUAACUUCUACAUGGCUGAAAAGUACGAUGUUCACGUUGUUGGCAUUGACCUGUCUAUCAACAUGAUAUCUUUUGCUCUUGAGCGUGCUAUUGGUCUCAAGUGUGCUGUUGAAUUUGAGGUUGCUGAUUGCACCAAGAAAACAUAUCCUGAUUGUACAUUUGAUGUCAUAUACAGUCGGGAUACUAUCCUUCACAUCCAGGACAAACCCGCACUGUUCAGAUCUUUCUACAAGUGGCUGAGACCAGGAGGCAAAGUUCUUAUAAGUGAUUACUGCAAAAGAGCUGGACCAGCAUCAAAAGAAUUCGAAGGUUAUAUUAAGCAAAGGGGGUAUGAUUUACAUGAUGUUGAAGCAUAUGGGCAGAUGCUCAGAGAUGCGGGUUUUCAUGAAGUUGUGGCCGAGGAUCGUACUGAACAGUUCAUUGAGGUUCUGCAAAAGGAGUUAGAUACUGUGGAGAAGGAAAAAGAGUCCUUUAUCCAUGAGUUCUCUGAACAAGACUAUAAUGAAAUAGUUGGAGGUUGGAAGGCUAAGUUAAUCAGGAGUUCAUCUGGCGAGCAGAGGUGGGGCUUGUUCAUUGCCAAGAAGAAAUGAUUUAUCCAAACGUGUGGUGGAUCCAUUUCCAUUUAUGUUCCAGAGUAUGAACAUUUCUUCCAGUUCUAUGUAAUAAUUGUUUUACCUGCGAUUUAGGGAUAAAAAAAUAUUACUAGUAUACUGCUUCCCUCAUCUUGGAAGAAUUUGUUCUUCAUUUGCUAUCAUUCUGCC